AUGGUCAAUUCAACACAGACUUCUGGCCCUUUGCAGGCAUUGAGCGGCUAUGUGGCAUCUUAUGGCUGGGGGCCUUUACUGUCCAUUUCGCGCAGUACUGUUCUUUCGCUGUUGUCGCGCAUUCAGGUUGGACAUCUCAGAUUAGCGGACGUGGAUGGGAGAGUGUCCACCUACGGACAUACAGAAGUCGUCAAUGGAUCAUCGGAGAAAAAUGUAUACUCUCUGCCAGAUGUUGAGUUGACUGUGCACAAAGAUGUAUUCUGGGUGCGCAUGUUGCUCUUCGCAGACAUGGGUUUUGCAGAGAGCUACAUGCUUGGAGAGGUCUCUUGUUCCGACCUGACAGAGUUCUUUAGGUUAUUCAUCGUCAACCGCGCAUAUCUCUCGAAUGGUUCUACGCUCACGUCAAAUCUUUCCGGCAAACUCUCGUACCUGCUCCGCAAGACAAACACGCUCACAACCGCUCGUCUCAAUAUCGCCGCGCAUUACGACAUCUCCAACGACAUGUUCGCCGCAUUUCUCUCUCCGGACAUGACCUACUCUUGCCCAAUCUGGCUACCGAAAUCCGAUCCCCAAUCCUCAGAAGAGACGCUUGAGCAAGCUCAGAUGCGCAAACUAAGACGCUUCAUCACAAAUGCAAAGAUCAAGCAGGACGACCAUGUAUUGGAGAUUGGCACUGGUUGGGGCAGUUUUGCCAUUUUGGCUGUACGAGAGACUGGAUGUCGUGUCACAAGUCUGACCUUGUCAAUCGAGCAAAAGGCCUUAGCCGAGGAGAGAAUCGCGGAAGCCGGAUUUACAGACCGUAUUGAGGUCCUUCUGUGCGAUUAUCGCGCUCUGCCAACACCAAGAGAUGGAAAGCUAUACGACAAAGUUGUCAGCAUUGAGAUGCUGGAAGCAGUAGGCAAGGAAUACCUCGACACGUAUUUCCAAUGCGUUGAUAAGCUUCUGAAGCCUGAGGGUGGUGUGGGAGUGUUCCAGUGCAUUACAAUGCCCGAAAGCCGUUACGAUGCAUACAGCAACUCGGACGAUUUCAUCCGGCGAUACAUUUUCCCUGGUGGCCACCUCCCUACCGUUACUCAAUUACUAGACUCUGUCAGAGCUGGAUCUUCCUGCAGGCUGAUCCCGGAAUCUGUGGAAAACAUUGGCCCGCACUACGCAAAGACAUUGCGAUUGUGGCGCGAAGAAUUUAUGCGAAAUUUCGACCAAAAAAUCAAACCUUCGCUGCUUAAGGACCAUGAAGGCAUGACAGAGAAAGAUGUUGAUCUUUUCCGCAGGAAGUGGGAGUAUUACUUCGCUUAUUGCGAGGCUGGUUUCGUCACCAAAACUCUGGGUGAUGUUAUCUUCACUGUCGGAAGGGAGGGUGCAGUGGAAAUGAUGGAAGACGUACCCAUCUGA